UCACUUUUUAAAUUUUUUUUUAGAUCUGGCAGUCAGAAGAAGAGAUGGACACUUUAGAGUGGCUUUUGUUUUUGUGCAUUUACUUCAAAGUGACUCAAAUAGCGGAAUUAUCUUGGACCGCUGAUGUGCCAAACGAAGUAAAAGGUCUCCUUGGCUCAUGUGUGGUGAUCCCCUGCUCUUAUAACUACCCAGAUCCACAAGGGAAGGCCAAAAGCUUCACAGGGAUUUGGAUGACCACUGAGGGGGAUCGAGUCAUCUAUCAUCCAACUCAGUCAAAAAUUGUCAAGCAGUAUCAGAGUCGAACAAAACUUCUUGGAGACGCCAGCAAGAACUGCUCUCUGAUGAUUGAAAAGCUUCAACAAGAUGACAGAGGACCUUUUUAUUUCAGGAUUGAAAUUGAAGGUUACAACAGAGCUUCUUACAGAAAGAACAAAGUCUCCAUUUCAGUGAUGGAUGAACCAAAUCCCAUUGAUUUCUCUGUGCAAGAGGAAGUAAAGGAGGGUCAAACUGUAUCUGCAUUCUGCUCUGUGUCUCACUCCUGCCCCACAUAUCCACCUGAUUUCCACUGGAGUCACCCUGGAGUGCAACAUUUUCAAGCACAGAAGCUCCAAAAUGGGCAGUGGAAUUCAACAUCUACUUUGACCUUUUGCUCAAACCGCACUGAUCACAAUAAAUCUUUACAAUGCAGUGUUACAUACCACGAAGGAAAGCACCAAGAAACAUCAAAGACCAUUAAAGUAAAAUAUGCCCCUGACAUUAAAAGUUCCUCUAAGUGCUUCUCAGAGAGGGGCAAAGUAAUGUGUGAGUGCAUCGUGGAGUCCAGGCCUCCCAGCAUGCUCCAUUUUGUUCUUGGUGACAGAGUUGUGCAAAACAGCAAAGUGCAGACAGUUGGCUCUGUUACUACUGGGACUCUGCAGACAGACUUUGGGUCCUUUAAGUUUGUUCACUGCCUGGCAAACAACACGCUGGGAAAUGCUAACCUCACACUCUCUUUACCUCUCGUUGACAACAUGCAGAAUAUUUUCAUAGCCUGUGGAGCAGGUGUGAUUUUUCUGAUUGUUUUGAUAGCCACUGGAGUGGGAGUUGUUAAAAAAUGCAGGGGGAGAUCAGGGGAGACACCAACAUCUGACUUGGGCAUCAUGAAAGCAGAGAGAUCCGUGGAGCUCCAUCAUUAUGCCCCAACAAAAAGGAAAGAGGACAGGAAGGAUAUGUCUUGCUCUGACAUUUAUGCCAAUGAUCAUGUCUAUGGCAAUACUGACUGCGAUGAGUCAAUAUACAACAAUGUGUAGCGUGUGGAAGACCAGCUUCAGUCCAUGUUGUUAUGUGAGUCAA